AAUGGGAGCCGUUAUAAAACAACCCGCUGCUUUGUGUUUUCUUAUCUCAGAGCAGGAUGAUUGUUGUGAAGCGAGUGCUGCUGCUGCUGCUGCUGGCGGCGAUCGGCUCCGACGCACGGCCGGGCCCCGAAGACUGUGGCAGUCUGAGCAAAAGGCUGCCAACUAAAGACCUGCACAAGAUUUUCGGGGACUGGGCAUUGGUCUGGUCUGUCUCUGAUACUCAGUACGGCAGGGACCUGAUGGUGAACUCCUCCAGCUCCCACGUCGAGCUCCAACUCCUCCCUGACAACAAAACCAUCUUAUACAACGAGAGGAACAUGUUCCUUGAUAAGCCGUGCACUACGUACUUUUUCAACUUGACGAUGCCCUCUGACCUGUCCGACUCUGAGAACUACACGCUGCCCACCGGCGUUGGCAUGUUGGAGACAGACGGAGUUGUUCGUCCGUACGACGACUCAGGCAAAGUGGAGUUCUAUGAGACCUGCCCCGACUGUCUGGUGUUGGUCUACAGAGGCACUUUGGGCCAGUUCCUGCUCAUCUACAGAAGGGAGGGGCAGCAUCGGGAUGUUGAGCAGCUGAAAGCGGCCCACGGCGAUCAUCACGAACUGGCCGAGUGUCUGGGAUUUCCUCAAGACAAACCGUUCAUCUACGACGGAGCCGCAGAUUUUUGUCAUAAGAAAUCUUCUCCAGCGGUGGAGCCUGAACAGUCCUGGGCCGGCUGGGGACAGGCUGGGAGCAGGCCAGGGGCCGUUAUAAAACAUCCUGCUUCCCUCCUCUUGCUGUUUGUUUUCUUAUCUCAGAGCAGGAUGAUUGUUGUGAAGCGAGUGCUGCUGCUGCUGCUGCUGGCGGCGAUCGGCUCCGACGCACGGCCGGGCCCCGAAGACUGUGGCAGUCUGAGCAAAAGGCUGCCAACUAAAGACCUGCACAAGAUCUUCGGGGACUGGGUCCUGGUCUGGUCUGUCUCUGAUCGUCAGCAUGGCUGGGACGUGCUGAUGAACCUCUCCAGCUCCCACGUUGAGCUCAAACUCCUCCCUGACAACAAAACCAUCGUAUACAACGAGAGGAACAUGCUCCCUGAUAAGCCGUGCACUACGUACUUUUCCAACUUGACGAUGCCCUCUGACCUGUCCGACUCUGAGAACUACACACUGCACAUCAGCGCCGCCUUGUUGGAGACAGACGGAGUUGUUCGUCCGUACGACAACUCAGGCACAGUGGAGUUCUAUGAGACCUGCCCCGACUGUCUGGUGUUGGUCUACAGAGACACCAGGAUCCAGUUCCUGCUCAUCUACAGAAGGGAGGGGCAGCAUCGGGAUGUUGAGCAGCAGAAAGCGGCCCACAGCGAUCAUCACGAACUGGCCGAGUGUCUGGGAUUUCCUCAAGACAAACCGUUCAUCUACGACGGAGCCGCAGAUUUUUGUCAUAAGAAAUCUUCUCCAGCGGUGGAGCCUGAACAGUCCUGAGGGAAGAUGUUGGAACAAACAAAAGUGUCAACGUAUAUCAGAGAUGUCGUUCACAAAUAAAAGAAAAGCUAAAACUAAA